GAGUCCGUAUUCAACACAUGGCCGGCGUCCUCGUUCUUCGUCGUCGCCACUGCGUCCACCGCCAUCAGUCACCGACACACCGUCUCGCUGGUCACACGCGCGUGCGUUCCGUUAGCUCGCACGUCCGUCCGUCCGUCCGUCAGCCAGCCGUAGUGCGUCGCCAACGGGACCGGUGUCGUCUCCAGUCGCGUGCACAGCGUCCUGCCGAUUUCCUUAUUAACCUUCCACGCACCAAUUCGAUUUUUCAUCGUCGUUUUUAUAAAUAAUAUCGUAGUUUUUCAUUAUCGUCGUCACCCGCGCUCGUUCGGUUUUUCGUGUUGAUAAUUUUAAUUUUUUUUUUUUUUUUCCCCCGUUUAAACAUUUUUUCGCUAAACGAAUUAUGUGCUAGAAACACGCCUAGCAGCAGUUACGUCGUCGUCGACGGUAGACGUCGAGGUCUCGAAGCAAAUGAUCAAUGAAGUUCGGUAAUGGUGUACAAGACGUCGAGGCUAGCGAGCAGUUUAGACUAUGCUGACAAGACGCAACUGGCUACUACGACUCAGUGUCGUUUUAAAUGUAGCCGUACUGUUCUAUUUCGGGUCCUAUUUGACCAUCAGAAAUGGAAACUUGGAAAAUGUGGAGGAGGUGCAGGUAUCCGGAAGGAACUUGGCCUCCAUCGAUGCGUCUCCGAACGGGGAAAAAGAAACAGCGGCUUAUUACUAUAACAGCGGCCCCGGCGGCUCGGCCAGCUAUCCUGAGCUAGCACUGUUGGCCAGCAUACAACCGAUAGCCGGACAACAGCAACAGGGUUCAUCCGUCCAAACACCGGUUCAAGGUACGACGUUGCGGGACGAUGGUCACGUGAUGCGCAUCAAACCCAAGUCGACGGCGGUGGCGGCCGUCGAACCGUCAGACCCUUCCGGAUCCGCAGCGGACCCUUCGGUCGUAGUCGCCGGUAGCGGGUCGGCGGCCGCGAUCGCGCCAGCCGAGCCGUGGAUGCUGGAGAAAAAAGACGCGCCCACCCAGCAGCAGACGUCGACUACAACGACCACGACUACCACGACAGCGUCUGGUGGUACGUCCGCGGUGGCCGCGGCCAUGUCCAACGCUGGCGCGACGUCGCAGGUGCGGCCGCUGCGCGAGCUGCUCGGCUGCCAGGACAAGCCCAACCGGCGGCGAAUCGCUCAGCGCGGCGAUUAUUGGGUGCUGUACAAUUACGUGCCGGCCCGCCGGUGGUUCCGGUGCGACGAGUCCAUCACGUACACCACGCACGCCGACUUCACGUUCCUCGACAACCUGGAACCGUUGUUGGAUAGGUGGCGAGGACCGAUAUCGGUGGCGCUGUACACGCCGGGCACCGACUUCGUGCCCACCCUGGCCUCGAUCCGGUACCUGCGGCAGUGCGGCUCGCCGCUGGUCGCCGAGUACGUGACGUUUCACCUGUACUUCGGGUCGGGCCACGUGCCCAAGUCGGUGCCGCACGCGGACCACGACAUCAACGCACCCGUUGCCAACUGCUCGGCACCACCGCCGUGGGUCAACUCGUCGGCCGUGUACAAGGGCCGCAAGAAGCUGCUGUACCCGGUGAACGUGGGCCGCAACGUGGCCCGCGAGUCGGCCACCACGCACUACGUGCUGCCGUCCGACAUCGAGCUGUACCCCAGCCCGGGCGUCAUCGACGGCUUCAUGGACAUGGUGCGCAGGCAGGACCCGCCGCUCCGGCGUCCCAAACCAAUGGUGUUCCCGUUGCCAAUAUUCGAGCUCGCGUCCCGCAUGAAGCUACCGGCCGACAAGAGGGAACUGUUGUCAAUGUUGAAAAACGGUUCUGCCAUCACGUUCCACAAAAAAGUGUGUCCCGACUGCCAUACCGUGCCCAAGUUCAAAGAAUGGGCCAGCGCUAAACCCAAACCUGGCGUCAGCGUGUUCCACACGGGCAAGAGGACCGGAUAUCAUUUGCACUGGGAACCGAUAUUCAUCGGCACGCACAGCGACCCGUUGUACGACGAGAGACUGAGCUGGGAAGGGAAAAUGGACAAAAUGACUCAGGGUUACACGCUGUGCGUACUCGACUACGAGUUCCAUAUCCUGGACAACGCUUUCCUGACUCACAAGCCGGGCAUCAAGACAUUGAAAAAGGACCCAGCCCGACAAGUGCUGGCGUCCAAGACGUUCAAUCUCAUCAAGAAAGUCAUACUUCCCGAGCUCAAGGUCCUGUACGGUGUGAAAAAAGGAUGCGCCGUGUAGUACGUAAUGACGCACGGUCGCGCUUUAUAGCGCGCGUUAGGGACCACAGAUAGACUCUUCGACUGAUAGAUUAAAAUAUAUAUACGCUUUCUUCCUCCGGAUGUCGGUCAACACGUUAUCAUACUGCGGCUGUGUGCACCGAGCCUGGAACAAGGACGUUAUCUCCGACAACGGCAUAUCAUAUUAUUAUUAUUAUUAUUAUUAAACGCGUCGUUUUUAUCUCUCGUGUCAGUUUUUACUAUAUAUUGUGUAUAUAUUUUUUGCCACUGCAUUGCCUCUCAAAAUGAGGCUAGCAAUAUAUAUAUAUAUAUAUGCGUGUAUGUGCAUUCUCGUCGAGAAUUGAAAAAAAAAAUGUAUUUUUUUUAACGCCUGUACAAAAUAGAUGCCAAUUUUUAGUUUUAUACGUGUAAAUUCGAAGCCUUCAAUCAAACGGAAUUAUUUUACCCUUAUACUAAGCACAUAUUUGACACAAUAAACCUCUCUACAUAA